AUGAAUGGCUCGGGCAAGAUGCGAGAUUCUAACCACAAUGAGCACGGGGACCACACGGAGGGCCAACAGAAGCAAACUUGUCCGUUCCUUGUCAAACCCUUGGAGCGUGAUGCCCUUGGCACAUCCGAUCAUAGUUCCCUUCGCCCACUCCUUCCGGCGUCGUACCGCACCACGUCUGGUGACUUAGCUGCUUCCAACACAGACAUCACGUCCUGUAUUGAGAAGGAACUGGAUUUGAAGAGACUUCAUGACAUUCUUCCAUGGUUGUGGAUUGCCGGUCGUCCGAUGCCACCACGCCCGCUGCACCAUCAGCUCGUUCUUUCGCGAGAUAUAUUCAUCACGGAACGAAUGGACAUGCAUCUCGUCUGGACUAUAGGUCGUAUAUUCGUCAAACCAAUCCCAAGAUUUCUUCUUGCUCCUGACUUUUGGGCUGAAAACCUGUCCUGUCCCCCAUGCUGCAUCCGCAGUCAAACCAGCAGCUUGGCUGAAUAUUCAUCCGAAGACUCGACCGACCAUGCCUCAUGUGUCCACGAAAGGCUGUGGGGGUCGGCACUUGGAUUCCUCUACUCAUACGCCGGCUUGAUCUCUCACAAGAGCGAUUUCGUCAUUGCCCAAGCCAAACAGUUGAUACCCCCAGAAGUAACAUGGUCGGACUGGAUGACCCUGGUCGAGGAAGUUCUCGCUGCGAAUAAUUUACACCGCAAGAUCGACAACCGUUUCAACUACGGCGAGCUUCGUCUCAGUAGGUUGAACAAGAUAUAUAAUGUCCGUUACCUAACGCCUCUACGGGGUUACAUGUCACACUGGCAGUGGACUCGAUAUGGCGAUUUCUUCCAAGAGAACCUUGCCUGGCUGACCGCUAUCACGGUCUAUAUCGCCGUUGUUUUAGGAGCUAUGCAGGUUGGCCUUGGGACUGAUGCACUGGUUGGAAACCACGCGUUUCAGUCAGCAUCGUACGGGUUUACUGUUUUCUCUAUCCUUGGACCUCUGGUAGCCCUCGGUAUUAUUGGCGCUCUAUUCUGCUUUAUGUUUAUCAAUAAUUGGAUCAGUGCCGUGGCGUUUAAAAGGAAAAGGUUCAAAGCCAUCCAUUCAGUGCAGAGAGCAUAG